AUGGCCAGCAGUUUACAGCCCCCAGAACCAAUUGCUAUCAUUGGCAGUGGCUGUCGAUUACCAGGGAAAGCAAACUCCCCCUCCAAACUAUGGGAUCUUUUACACAAGCCGCGCGACCUCCUUAGGAAGAUCGACCGCUACAAUGCGGAAAAGUUCUUCCAUCCCGACGGUCGACAUCAUGGCACUGCUAACGGUCAAUACGCAUACCUUCUCGAGGAAGAUCACCGCCUCUUCGACACUGGCUUUUUCGGUAUUAAACCUAUUGAAGCUGAAUCUAUCGAUCCUCUACAGCGCCUCCUCCUUGAGACUGUGUACGAAUCGCUUGAAGAUGCCGGAGUGCCAAUGGAAAAGCUCCAAGGGUCAGACACGGCAUUCUACGCUGGUGUGAUGCAAUCAGAUUACAAUGAUGUUCUGAUGCGGGAUGUGGACACCUUCCCACAAUACUUCGCAACCUCGACCUCGAGGUCUAUCAUCUCCAAUCGAGUAUCGUACAUCUUUGACUGGCAUGGCCCAUCUAUGACCAUAGAUACUGCAUGCUCCUCCAGCAUGGUGGCUCUUCACCUGGCAGUCAAAAGCUUGAGGUCUGGCGAGUGCCAAGUAGCGCUCGCCGCUGGCGGUAAUUUGUUCCUUGGACCAGAGCUUUUUAUCGGACUGAGUAAAUUGAGUAUGCUGUCGUCCCAGGGUAGAUCUGCCAUGUGGGACGCGGAUGUGGAUGGCUAUGGGCGCGGUGAAGCCUUCGUGUCUGUUGUGUUGAAACGUCUCAGCGAUGCUAUCCGAGAUGGGGAUCAUAUUGACUGCAUAAUCAGAGAGACGGGAGUCAAUCAGGAUGGUCGGACCAAGGGCAUCACGAUGCCUAGUGCUACAGCACAAGCUGACCUUAUCCGCAAGACAUACGAGAGUAUCGGUUUGAAUGUGCGAAACGCUGAAGACCAGCCCCAGUUCUUCGAAGCGCACGGAACUGGUACCAAGGCUGGAGAUCCACAAGAAGCUCAAGCCAUUUUCGAUACUUUCUUUGGGCCUGAUUUCGACACAUCGACUCAGAAGCACCCACUGUACGUAGGAGGGAUCAAAACGAUCAUCGGACACACAGAGGGGACAGCUGGUCUUGCUGGCCUCAUGAAGGCCAUGCUUAGUCUUCAAAGGGGGAUUAUUUCUCCGAAUUUGCUUUUCAAGAACUUGAAUCCCGACAUCUUACCCUUCUAUGGACCGCUGGAGGUGCCUACCGACUCCGUCCCUUGGCCACAAUUGCCAGACGGUACACCAAGAAGGGCCAGCGUGAACAGCUUCGGUUUUGGUGGGGCAAAUACGCACGCUGUCCUCGAGAGCCCCCCAGUGGUCGAGAGCGUAGCAAAUGAUGCAGAACCGCUUACCGCUCAAGCUCUCAUGCCCUUCCUAUUCUCUGCCUACACAGAAGCGGCAUUACAGAGGUUACUGUCUUCGUACAGUGAAUACCUCAAGGCUCACCCUAAAACCAACAUGUCAGAUCUCGCGUGGACGUUGAGUAAUCGACGGUCCGCCUUUGCCGUGAAGCUUUCAUUGUCAGCGUCCAGCAUUAGCAGCCUCUGCAAGAAAAUCGACAGAAAGCUAGAUAGUGUUCGAGAUAUCCCUGGAUCCACGAUUGGAGUGCGAGCAAGCUCAGGAAACAAGAAGGUUCUUGGCGUUUUUACUGGUCAAGGCGCCCAAUGGGCGAAAAUGGGUGCCCAACUAUUGAACAACGUGCCACGAGCAAGGCAGCUUCUCGAGCAGUUGGAAGACGCCUUGCAACAGCUACCGGAGCAGUACCGCCCAGCUUGGAAGAUUAAGGAAGAGCUAUCGAAAGAUGCCGGCCUGACUCGUAUCCAGGAAGCAGCACUUUCACAGCCUCUUUGUACGGUAGUGCAGGUAAUCCUCAUCGACCUUCUACGAAGUGCCGGUAUCACGUUCUCAGCAGUCGUGGGGCACUCUUCCGGAGAGAUCGCAGCAGCACAUGCAGCUGGUAUCAUCUCUGCCACUGAUGCGAUCAAGAUAGCAUACCUCCGAGGCUAUCACGCUUCCCUUGCGCAAGGCUCUGGAGGCAAGCAAGGCGCUAUGCUAGCUGUCGGAAUUUCCGUCGACGAGGCUAUAGCGCUUUGCAACAGCGACGAGUUUGCCAAUCGUAUCACGCUUGCUGCCUGUAACUCUCCAUCUAGCUUGACAUUGUCAGGUGAUGCAGACGCCAUCGUAGACGUCAAAGUGGCGCUGGAUCAGCAGAAGACAUUCGCCCGGCUACUCAAGGUUGAUACGGCAUAUCAUUCGCAUCAUAUGCACCCAUGCGCGGAACCCUACGUUCAAUCCCUUCAGGCUGCGGGCAUCAAGGUCAACACCCCUAGCGGCGACUGUACGUGGUACUCUAGCGUGCUUAAUGGCGCCGUGGUCAAGCCUGACAAUUCUCUUACUACCACUUACUGGAGGGACAACAUGGCUAAAACUGUGCUGUUCUCCCAGGCCGUCACUAGUGCUGUGCAGAAUGGCGGGCCGUUCCAUCAGGCUAUCGAGAUUGGACCUCAUCCGGCGCUCAAGGGGCCUAUCAUGCAAAUACUUGGCGAGAUUGGUAUCGAAAUGCCAUACUCGGGUACCUUGAUACGAGGCGAAAAUGAUCUCGAGUCUGUUUCAGACACCUUUGGCACGAUUUGGUCAAACCUAGGCCCGUCAAAAACGGACUUUGUAUCCCUGCAUCAGCUAGCCCUUGGCCCGACUGAGCCAAAACUCCUCAAAGGUCUUCCAACGUAUACGUGGGAUCAUGACAAGCCGUACUGGUUUGAAUCCCGGAAAAGCAAAGUCUUCCGAACCCAUCCAGAUCCUAUGCACGAGCUUCUUGGCACUCGAUGUGACGAGGGGAACGGAGAGGAGUAUCAAUGGCGCAACUUCCUCAGCACUCGCGAGAUACCCUGGCUUGAGGGUCACCAGAUCCAGGGAAACGUUGUGUUCCCAGCGGCUGGCUAUGCAUCCAUGGCUCUUGAGGCAUCCCGAGUCAUUGCUCGUGAUGAGAACAUUCAGCUUCUUGAGAUCAAUGAUCUCGUCGUUGGUCGAGCCAUUGUGUUCCAGGAUGAAAAGGCGGCUAUUGAAACCGUAACCAACAUCUGGAACGUCAAGAAAUACGCUGGCACUCUCACAAAGAAUGGCUUCAUUACAGCAGAAUUUACGAUAUCCGCACAGCUGCUGCGUGAUCAUACGGCCCUCACGAGGGUUGGUAGCGGAAAAAUCAACAUCGUCGUCAGUGACGAGCCUAUUUCAAAGGCUGUCUUGCCACCAAGGAAUCCAACACCAGCUCAUCUUAUUGACAUCGACACCGAUCGGUUCUAUACAUCUCUUGAGAAGACCGGUUACGGCUACACGAAGCUGUUUCGAGGGUUUUCGAACAUGCGCCGUCGUCUGAACUUCUCAACCGGACUGAUCGAGCAGAAUAUCUCUGAUCAUGCUGAUACUAAGUUGCUUGUGCAUCCAAGCGCUUUAGACCAUGCUUUUCAAGCACUCUUCGGAGCUUACUGCUGGCCCGGUGAUGGCAGGCUCUGGACCCUAUUCCUGCCCGUCAGCAUUGGGAAGAUCUCCGUGGACCCAUUGGGAUGCGGGAGAGAGAACGCAGGCUUGCAAGGGACCAAGUUAGCUUUUGACGCCUGGCUGACGGAUAGCCCUUCCAAAGAGAUGCGCGGCGACGUUGUAUUCUCAACCACCAAGGAUGCAGGAGAACAACCCAUCAUCCAAGUCGAAAGAGCAACCAUGGUUGCACUCGGGGACACCGCUGCCCAAGAUGAUCGGACUAUGUUCUUCGAGACUAUCUGGGGCCCUGCCACACCUGAUGGCGCACUAGCCCUUGGCGAAGAGCAAGCUAAGAAGGAAGAGUGGGGGCUUUCCGAGGCUUGCGAGCGAGUGGCCCAUUACUAUUGGCGCAAGCUGAACGAGACACUUGCUUCGUAUGAUCGAGUACACAUUACGGUACACUACAAACAUCUAUUGUCGGUUCCCACUUUGCAGAGUGGUCGGAAUGCCUCGCAAGAUGAGGAGGAUCAUAUUUCAGAACUCGUUCAAAGGUAAGCUAGGCAGUAAACGUCUUUUGACUGUGUUGCUGAUGCGCUCCAGGUAUUCCAAGUAUAUUGAUAUGCAGAUAAUCAAAAGCAUCGGGCAGAGCCUUCCGUCUGCAAUUCGCGGGAAGUUGAGUCUGGUUGAUGAGCUCCAGUCGAACGGGCUGCUAGAUGCUUUUUUCGCUAACAGUCUCGCAUUGUCCU